GUUUGGGGAACACAAAUUUGCUGUAAAAUUAUAAAAGUAGGAUUUCAUGGGAUAAUAUAUCACAAAUACAAGAAAAAAACAAGGAAAAAAUAUAAAAAUCAGUCAUUUAGAUUUUCAGUCAUUGUCAGAAAACAUCCCCUUCAGCUCUGGUCACCUCUGAAUUUUGUGCCCAGAUUAAGGGAGGGUACUAAACUGUGCAGAGCAGUCCUCUUUGAUGACAACGGGGGGCGCCGUUUGAACAGCACGAGGUGACAGAUGGAGGCUCUGAGGUCAGCCAGAGUCACAGAUAAAAAAAGGAAUUCAGUGAGCGUGGGAAAGAAUCCAGAGCAUAAAUGAAUAAAUACUGUUGUGGACUUUUACGUGGAGCAGCGCUUUGGCCAACUUUAGUUGUUUUAUGAAUAAGUUUGUAUUUGAAAUUAACUAUUAAGAACACAGGUUCCCAAACUUUUCUGCCCAGGACUCCAUAAAAUAACAAAGUCAUCAACUGGCGGCCUUGGCUGACCUCUAAGGUGAUCUUAGGCUCCCCUUUUGGAUACUUGAUAAACUGUCUAAUACAUAGUUCACCUGUGUGUCUAAACGGCUCAGGGAAUACGGAAACUGACUGAGCCUCACACUCACAUAUACUUCUUUUGAGGAAUCAACUAUUCAUGUUAAACAAGUGACGCGCUUUUGCAGGUCAUCCACUAGGUUUUGCAGUUUGUACUAAUUGUUCUGAGAAAUGCACCAAAGCAAUUGAGAAAAAAUGUAAAUCACGACUCAUAAAGUGUGUUUUAUUUUGAAAUUUCAGAAUCUACCUCAAGAGCCAAAGGAGGACCAUCUGAGCAAAUAAAGGAUCUUUGGCUCUAAGUAAGAGGAGGUUUUAGGCCCACUUAAAGAUUAAUUUAGGUUCGUGUUUUCAUAUUUGAAUGAACUGACUGUUGCAUUUCUGCUGUUUGAAAGUGUUGGACCUUUAUUGUAUACACAGCAACCAGCAGAUGGCCACAUUACUCUGGUUUUAAAUAAGUAAGGCACCAUGGUGAGAAAACGACAACCUCACGUUUUUCCAUGUCAGUUGCUCAUAUCAUAACCAUUUUUAUUCACUUCAUUUAUGAUCUGUGCUCUUUCAAUUUAACAAAAUCCAUCAAACCCAUUAAUUGUUAAAUUGCAGUUGUUGAAAUUCAGUGAGUUAGUAGAUUUCAGUAUGUUGCAUAUUACGUAUAAAGCUCAUGGGAAAAUUUUACCAGUCAACAUCCAGAGCCGAUUUGAAAAAAGAGAAAGUUGUUAUAAUCUAAAAGGAUUUGAAAUAUUUAAAAAGCCAAGAUUCAGAACUAAACUGAAGGAGCGCAGUGUUACAGUGAGAGGAAUAAGUUUGUGGAACAAUCUGAACAAAGAAAUUAAAUCAAAUUUGAUCUUUAAAAAAAGUGUCAAAGUCAGUAUGUUGAGUAAAUACAGGAAAAUAUGUUCAUCUAAGUCUUGGUCUGUUUUGUGAAAAAAUGUGAAUUAACGUGGUCUUUUCCGAUCGUUUUUGAAAAGAAGAAAUAAUGAAAUUCCCAAACAUGAGGAUAUAUUUGUGAUAUUAAGCCGUUAAAUUCGACUUGUUGCUCGUUGCUCAACUUAUUCCAGACGCUGGCCGGUAGCGAACGCGGAAGUCAGUCGGAGUGAGUCCUCUGGCUCCGCCUCGACGAUCUUCGACGUUAAACUGACUCGUCGGUCGACAUUUUCGGCACAGCAUCAUCAUCGGCGCUGACGUGAACCUACGUGAGCGAAGGCGAAGGCCGUCCACCCCUACUGUCAUUAAUGACGAGUCAGACUACGUAAAACUACGGUAAGUCACAACAAAGCUGUCACAUUUUUGCUGCGCGGCACGCGGGGCAGCGCGAGGACAACGUAAAAAUCACGUCCACGGUGCGAAAGUCUUCAUGAAAACUUUGUCACUCCGCUUGUUGAUUAACCUGACCAACAUGGAGUUAGAGAAACAUUACCAACGGCUCUGCUGGCGCCAGUUCCUCCUCUCUGCUCAAGUUGGAAAGCUGCGUCAAGUCAGACGGAGUAAAAUGGACACCGGAAACUGUUGAACAUCGUCCCUUCAAAAUAAAAUAUUCCCAAACUAACACAGAGCUUGUUUUAAAUGAACUAACCCGUUCUGUUGUGCCUCAAAUUCCUCUUUGAAAGAACGCAAUAUUUUUAAAUGUUUGAUUGAAUAAAAACAUUUAAAUUCAAAGUGGUUUAGUGAAACUUAACGAGGAGCAGCUGCUUUAUUUUGCUAUUUUGCUGAUUUUCUCAUGAAUAUUUUUUCAAGCUUGAUACUGUAGGUAGAGUUUUAGCCCAUAUGGCGUUACCUUCGAAUGUAAAACAAGAUAAUAUUUCACGGUGUCUUAAUUCAACUGAAACUUCUAUUUACUAUUCUGAAACUCUUCAAUUCCGGGUUCGCUAACGGCCAGCAUCUGGACGAAUUUGAAGUUGCUAAAAAAAUAAGCAAUAAGUCGAAUUUAACGUCUAAAUAUCACCAAUAUAUCCUACUGUUUGGAAUAUGUAUUUAAUUUUAAGCUUAAAAUGCGGGUUGUGUUCACUGGUAUGUUUAUUUAUUGGAAAAGUCUGGGCAUACUUUACUCUACUAUUGGCAGAUUUUAGCAGUUACACAACACAAACAUGCAAUGAUAGAGGGCAUGAUAUGAACAUUUUGGAUCUGCUUUCUGGCAAUUUAUAACCUGCAAAGAUCCUUCAAAUAUCUGUAAAUCUUGUGUGUGGUAUAAUUUAUAAAGUAUUACAUAUAAAACAUCCAUCAGUUGUAUUAGCUGUUGAUUGCAAAUAAUUGAAUUAUAAAUUGGGUAAAAGUGGAUUUUGCACAAACAGUUUUAAAUCCAUAUAGAAGAAUAUCAAGUUAUUCCCUCCAGGGUUUUUAUUGGAUGAUGCACUUUUCAGGAGUUACAUUUUGCUUGCCAUCUUCGUUUCGUACAAGUCCUGCACGCAUUGACUGAUCUAUAGUUUGUUGCCACUUGUGAGGUUAACUUCAGCCACAUGUUUGAGGUGAUUCUAAUUUCCCAAAAUAGUGCUUUGCUGGCUUUUGUGUUGCCGCAGGUUUCAGUCUGACUCACUUAUCUUCGUGUUUGUCUUUUUCUCGGGUGUCAGACGAUGGAAGCUUCAGUCUCGCCAAAACUAGACAAGAGUUUGAAUGACUCGGUGAAAAACGGGGAAGAGGACCACAGCGAGGCUAGUCCAGACCCUGCAGACCCUCAGGUACACACGGCCACCUUUCACUCACUCUUUUAAAGCUUCUUUAAAUGACUCUGAACGUCUCAUUUGUGUUCAGCAGGCGUCGGCAGCAGCAGGAUCUCCUGCUGUGACUGUCGUGGAGAUGCUUGACGGUCAAACCCUGCAGGUUCAAGGGGUCAUCCAGAUUCCACAGACAUCCGUCAUUCAGUCACCACAAGUCCAGACCGCCCAGGUGAGAGCAGGAGGAACUCUCUGAUAUGAUUUAAGCUGGAGUUUAAUGAACAAGAUCAGAUCAGCAAGUUCUGUUUUUAAGUUUAGGUUGUGACUUUCAAUUUUAAAAGUCUUUCAACUCAAGAAGUAAUAAUUUAUUCAAGUAAUUAGUCACUUUUUAGAAAAGAGAAAAGUGAAAUUUAGUUCCAGAAAGUAAAUAAAGUUAAAAUUGAAACCAGUAUGAUUACUUUUACAUACCCCGAUAACACACAAGGUGCUCUUAUGUUCACAUUUCUCUAGCAUACAUGGUCAGAGUGUAAAAUUUUGAUUGCAAAACAAUAUAUUUACAACCUCAAAUUCAAAAACAGGUGAGGAUGCUGAGUUUCAUGUUGAUAAAACAGAUUCUGCUAGUUUAUAAAUCUAAUUUCUGAUCAGCAAUAGUGCAAAUAUCAAUGAAAUUUAGAGGCUUAAAGUGUGUUUGUUAUAUUAAGAAGAAAAAACACCCUUAAUUUAAAUGUAAUAAGUGCUUUAAACAUGCUUUAAAAAACAAAAAAACAAUGUAUUUUCAGUGUGAAACUGUUAAGGUUUUUGGGGGUUUUAUUGUUAAAAGAUUCAGAAACACCCCUGCAGAAAAGAGUCAAAGAAAAAAACCAACUCUUGAUAGCUGUGAUCUUUGGUGGAACUCUGUGGUGGAAUUCACUGCAUGGGCUUAAAAACACUUCCAAAAUCAUUGUCUGUGAACACACAGUGCAAAAACUUGUCACAGAGUCAGCUUCAUAUGUUGUUUUUGCGUCAUGUUCAGUUGAAUAAAGCGUAUUAAAGUCUGAUUUCGCGGCGUCCUAACCUGUUUGGAAAUGAAGUUUCAUCACCAACACGCCUGUUUGACCUCAUGUAAACCAAUCUCUGCCUUUGUCAGACACACACGGCGUCAAAGCAGGAUGAGUCACGCGAGCUGGCUGACUGAUUACACACAACUAGGUCAAAGUCAUGAUUGUCAUUAUUAUUCCAUCAUUAUUGUCAAUAUGGAGUGACAAAAUGGAAAGAGUUGAUUUGUGAGAAAUGCUUGUGGAAAGAGGUGUUGGCUCAAACGUUUGGAAUUGGAUGGAGUGCCUGAUUCUCCAAAUAGGUAGAUAAGCUCUGACGGCAAACUCUCGAUUUCUAUCAGACAAAAACAACAGCUGGAGGAUUUUAGUGAACAUACCGCUACCUGGAGGUCAGAGAUAUAAAAUAUGCAUGAUGUGAAAAGCCUUCAGAGUCGUCAGGAACAUCUUAAUGCGGUGCAAGUGCAGUGUCGCUGCAGGAGGUGUAUGAUAAUGUCUUUGGUUCAGGUUGACAGAAACAUUUGGACAGCCUGGAGUUUUAAAAAAAGACGUCAGCGGUGAAAAAAAGCCGUGUCUCUGUGCGAAAGAAAUCUGUAAACACUCAGCUGAGACAUGUGAUGUGUUAAAGAUUAAAAUUUCCUCUUUGACGUCAUCCCUCUCUCCCUAAAAACAUCCCAGUGUGCUCAUAAAAGAUCAUCACACCCCCUCAGGAGUAGUGUUAAAUGCCAAAGAUGUUUCCAAAAGACAAAAUAAACAAUAUUGUGGAGGAUUAGUCACCUCCUCUCACACACUCACUCUCUUCUUCCUCAGAUUACUACAGUAGCAGAGCUGCAGGAUGAGGAGUCAGUCAGAGACAGUCAGAAGAGACGAGAGAUCCUCUCCAGGCGUCCGUCAUACCGGUGAGAGGACGUCAGAGCACGUUCAGCAGCAUGUGGCGAGCACAGUGAGAUAACAUCGAGCUGAUUGUGUGAAAACACUUAUUGCAGUCCUCCUCCUCCUCCUCCUUCUCCCCCUGCAGGAAAAUACUCAAUGAGCUGUCAUCAGAUUCUCCAGCAGUUCCUAAAAUCGAUGAGGAGAAGGUGGAGGAGGAGGUGCAGGUCUCCAGUUCAGCCUCUGCAGCAGUGCCGACCUCCAUCUACCAGACCAGCUCUGGACAGUACAGUCAGUACUCACUUAAACAGACAUCUAUGAGCAGCUCUCCUAUCAGCACCAUGAGUCCAUGAGUCCAUCUGCUGCUAUUUUCUCCUAAAUUUUAUGUUACAAUUUGGUUAUAAACAUUAGAUCUCAUAUUUUCUAUCAAUUAAGAGCUUCAAAAACAGCAGGGCCGACAAGCUGUUGCCAUGGCGAUUAUAGAGUACAACCAGAAAUACAAACCCAAGCUUUAGCGUCUUCAAAACAGAGUCGAAGAACCAAACUCAAAGUCGUCGCUUUGUCGCACAAAUUUGCGCAAUUAGAAUUAAAGCUCCUGUGAGCAAUUUCUGGUAUGUCAACUUUGGCGCCCCCUGUGGCCAAAGCACCCUUAUUUCACCUCUUUAGCCAAACAUCUCCUCUUGUGAAAUAGUGUUAUUAAAUGUAUAUAUUAUACGUAAAAACGUAAUAACAGGGCUGUUCCUGUUGAUUGUACAAAACUGGAACAUCAAAGAUUUUAUAAAUAUCAGUUGAAGCUGAUGAGAAAAAGGCUGGACUAUUCUAAUAGAGGCUGUGUAAGACUAAUACUUGUUGUUGCACCACAUUAUAAAUGAGUCUCAGUUUUGUCCACUUUCUCUUCAGCCUGAUUCAUUUACUCGAUGAUAGUAAUUUUGUGCGUUCAGGUGCAGUAAAUAUAGCUCCCUGUAAUUGUACGUCUUUGUAAUAUUCAGUCAUGAAGUAAGGCGAGCAUGAACAUUAUGAGCCGUUUGUAGAGCUGUCAUUUCUACUGUCCUCUUCUGCUGUCCUGUGAUGUGUGUAAAGAGUGUUUUAAAUCCAUUGAAGACCAAAAAGCCCACAGACCAUCUUCACUUUGGAGAAGUUUGAAUGAAAUGUUUUCUUUCCGAACCUUCGAUGUCUGACGUGACCGAACCACACCUCCCACUCCGUUAAUCCAUGACAUUAAGGCUGCAGCUGAGCAAUAACUCCACUUCUCCGCCCCGCAGUCACGUUCACUCCGGGGAGAACCAUCCAGCUGGCGAGCCCUGGAGCUGAAGACCUGACCGGCGGCUCUGCCACCCCGCAGUCUGCAGCCACAAUCCUGCAGUGUGCAGCCCAGCCUGGAGACACCCCUCAGCAGUUCUACAUCCAGGGAGGACAGGUGCUCAUCCAAGGUAAGACUUGAGCUUUAUGUAAUGUAAUACUUUUGGUCUGGCAGGCAUUUUUGUUUCUGUAGCUCCUGUGCUUUUAUUUUGAAGUCACCUAUUCGACUCUGGUAGGUCAACAGUUAAACGAUCAGAUAUAAAGUAAAGAUGUUUCACUGAUCGGUGUCCAAAGAGCUCUAAAUAGGUUUUGGAUUCACAGUAAAUCUUGUAAUUUAAGUUUUUAAAAAAGUCUGCUGCUACAGCUAACUCGCUAGCAGCAGCUGCUUUAUCUAUACUCCGUUCUUUGGCAUGUAUUGCUUAGAUCUAUACUGGUCAAGUAUCAUGAAUCUCAGUGUCUGAUCUGGAUGUCACAGAAACACUGAGUUUAUGGCUGGAAGUCUCACGAAACGAGUGGAUUUUACAGAACAGCUCAAAACUGCAGCUCCCCAAGUGUCCACUAGAGGCUGCCUGCUGAAGCACCAAGAAGCCACAUACACACUCAUUCAAAAACACGGUCUUUACCACAAAAGUAAACAUGUUUACAGCCUAGUUCAAAAACACCUUUGGUCCCAAUGGUUCAUUACUCUCUCUGCACACACAGUACGCUGAGGGAAUUUUCCCAUAAUGCAUUUCUUUCAUUGAGAUUAUUGUUACAAAUUUGGCAGUUUAGAGGCACAACUGACUUGACUGACAGGUGGGCACACUGUAGCUGUUAGCGAGGAGGCUAAAGGCUUCAACUCCCCCUCAUUACCUCUCAAUUCAUCUUCACUGAAAGUCAGGUUGAGUCAGCAUUUCCAAUAUGGUGGCUGCCACCUUAUUGGACGCUGUUCAUCGCUGAGACGGCGGCGGACAACCUCAGGCUAGCAUGGUUUGAUGCAGGUUUUAGCAGAUUGUGAGGAAGAAGAUGUUGGAGUUGAUUUAAGGUGUAAGAAGACGUGUGAAAAAACCAAGAAAAUAAGCUGAGUCAUCCUUAAUAACACAUCGUCAAAUGUCAGGUGUUUAUCUACCUGUAUGUACAGCAGUGAUUUAGUUGUUUGUGUUUUCUGUUGGAGCGUCACAGAAAACAGCAGCAGGGUUUUCAUACCAGUGACUCAUACAUGUACUAAUUCAUCUCAGUCACCUUGUCAGCACCAUGAGGACGGCAUUCUUCAGCCUGUGAAACAGCCGCUAACCCUGGCCUGUAAGAACAGGGAGAGGUUUCAAGGACGAGGGUGAGGGAUCAAGACCAAAAAGGGCAAAUAACAUGGACAUAAUCAGGUUCUAGCUUUUGGUUCUCGAAUACUUGAGUUACAUUAAAAUAUCAAGAGAGUAUAGAAGUCUGAAAGGCGCAGAUAAGGCCUCGUCUUUUCAUUUGAGUAUGUUUUUCCCUUUGCGCUUUUCUUUUUGGAUAAAAUGUUGAAAGCAAACACCUCAGGAAGGACAGACAUUCCCAACCUGCUACGAUAUUUGAAAAGACUGCAGAGAAAAAGAAUGUGACCUUAAAUCCAAAACCGCUUCAUGAAGCGCUGGACUAAAAAAGGAGAUUUUACAGCCAUCUGUACGCUCUGUUCCUUUACAUCUUUAUCAAAAUAUGUUUUUUAUUUCAAAUCCGUGUCAAGUUACAAUGUUGAUGUCCUUCUUACUUGAGAGGUAGGACACAUGCUGUUUUUUUCAUUCAGUCCGUAUAAACAUAGUCACAUAAUUUUCAAGGCUACAAUUUCCUCCUUUGAAUAUAUAUCUAUAAAUUAUUUCAUUUAAAAACUCCUUGUUAAUAUAAUUAAUAAACAAAACACCAACAUAUUUUUAGUAUUUAGCUUGUUGAAUAAAAACAUUUGACUUUAUAGUUAAAUAAAAGUAAAAGUACAACAAUGUAUAAUGCAGUAUAUAACCAUAAACAACUUAGAAUAAAAAAGUAUAAGGGCCACAUUACAUUAAAAUCAAUAAACACAAUUAUUUUGUUAUAAAAUUACUUUGUUUUUAAACAGGAAGUUAUGUCAUGAAGUAAAGUGGUUACAAUGAUGAUAAAUAAUUAUUUUACAAGAAUUCAUUAUUGAUGUGAUGAGGAUGAAGUCAGUGUGUUGCAAAAUCAAAGUUGUUACGUGUCAAAAUUAAGUUAUGUUAUGAAGAAAAAAGUCAUUAUGUCACAUUAAUAACAAAGACUGUAUAUAUAUAUAUAUAUAUAUAUAUAUACACACACAUCUCGACAGUAAAGUCAUUAUGUCACGAUAAUACAGUCUGUACAUCAUGUUAAUAAGGUCUUUAUGUCAUGACGAUAAAGUUGUGAUAUCACAAUGUUACUGUGUCAUUCAGCAGACACUUGUAUCCAAAGUGACGUAUGUCAUGUUAACUGGGCCAUUCCACCACAAUGAUGAAGUCCAUGUCAUAAGAAUGAGGGCUUUAUGUCACGAUAAUAGAAUCUUUAUAACAUAAUAAUAAAACUUUACGGCAUGACAAAGACUUUAUGUCACCGUAAUAAAGUAGUUUUGUGACAUGAAUAAAUUAUAUCACGUUAACAUCGUUAUGUUACAUUAGAGAAGUUUUUAUGUCACAAUAGUAGUCUUUAUAACACAUAAGUAAAUGCAUUAUGUCGUGAUAAAAUCUUCAUGUCACUGUAAUAAAGUAGUUUUGUGACGUAAGUAAAGCCGUCCUAUCAAAUCAAUAAAGUUAUGUUACUUUAUCAAACAGUUAUGUUGCAUCUAUGAAAUUUGAUGUUACAUUAGUUAAGUCUUUAUUUCACAAUAGUAGUCUCUGUAACACAUAAGUAAAUGCAUUAUGUCGUGAUAAAAUCUUUAUGUCACUGUAACAAAGUAGUUGUGUGACAUAGGUAAAGUUGUUAUGUCACGUUCAUAAAGUUAUGUUACUUAUCAAACAGUUAUGUUGCAUAUAUUAAGUUUUAUGUUUCUUUAAUUAAGUCUUUAUGUCACGAUAGUGGUCUUUAUAACACAUAAGUAAAUGCAUUAUGUCAUGAUAGAGUCGUAUUGUCACGACAAUAAAGUUAUUUUAUCAAACAGUUAUGCUGCAUAUAUUAAGAUUUUAUGUCACGAGAAUAAAGAUGUUAUUUUAUGAGAACUACACCAUAACGUAAAAGAAAAGACUCUUUGUGUCAUGAAAAUAAAGUUGUGAUAUUUUGAGAAUAAAGUCCUCGUGAUAGGAGAAUAAACUCGUAAUAUUAUUUGACUUAAAUCAAACUGUUGGGGCAUUUGUUUUAAAGUCAUAUCUGAUCAUCUAUCUUGAUAAAAACAUAGUUUAGAGAUCAGGUGCUGUAGAGUUCAUCUAAAAGUCUCAUGGGUCGGAUGCCUUGCUAAAGAGCAGCUGACACCUGACCUCAAACACCUGAGAUUCACCUUUUUUCUCUGCAGAGCCUCUCCUGAAGUCUCUGACAGAGUAGAAAGUAUCACUUCCUCCACAGCAGAGGAGGAUUUUCCCAGCAAUCAAUCAGUCAGCCGAGCGUUUAAAGCAGCAAACAUGAUCUGUCCUCGGCUCUGUUUAAUAACCGCUGUGCUGUCAAAUGAAGCAGUGAGAGUUUGAACGCCUCAAUUAUCACCUCUCUUUUAGGACACAAACAUAUAAAAACACAGACUUCACAGAGAGGGUGCUCAACAGUUUGCACGGCAGCCACUUGGGACACAAUAUCCUCUUGUUUGUUGAGCGUCUCUCUAGUUGCGUCACUAGUGCUAAAAAUACACCCACCCCUCCACCUCCUCCCCUCCUCUCUCCCUCCCUCCCUCCCUUACCCGGCUCACAUUGUGCUUCAGCGUCUGAUCAGCAGGAGGGGAGGGAGGGAGGAACUCUAAUCCAGGGUGUUUUACUGACUUCAGCGGGCUGGAGUGAUGUCAGUGUGAUGUCAAUGCCUGUAAUUGUAAUCGGGCUGCAAAGUUGACGAGUGAGCACUCCGGUUCAGAGAGAGCAGAGAGGGAAAAGAGAAGAAGAAGGAGAAGAAGAAGAAGAAGGAGAAUUACAGGCUAGAGGAGUGAUUUUUUCUGUUUGUGUGGGGCUGUUUCACUGCUGUGGUGCUGGAUUAUUGGAGAGAAGAGAUGGCUGUCACCGGGGAUGAGACCGAGUCAGGUAGACUUUCUUUUCAUUCUGUGCGCAAAAAGUAAAAUCCAUCAACUCUUAGUGUUUUGAAAUAUGUUUACAUGACACCGCAUGAGCUGUCAGCUGUGUCUGAUUCAGUGUGAGUGUGUGUUUAAGAUCGCACCUGCAGGUAGGCAAAAAAAAGAGUUUAUAUUGGGGAGAGUGGGGUAAGUUGAGCCACCCCCUGUUACUUGGAAAUAGUAAAAGAAAUUGAUCAUGUGACCAAAUAUUUAGGAGAUGGGCAUCAAAUCACGAAGUCUGUGAAGGUUAGAAGCACAUUACAGGUGAAGGGGUUAGACAUUUAUUUACAAAAGAACAUUUUUCACUCUGUAAAGUGAAUUUAGUCUGUCAAAAGUUUGAUUAGAAUUGUGUUCAGACCAAAAAAGAUCAUUUUAAAUUCAUUGUGGUAUCUAUUAGCAACAACAGGUCAAAAACAUAAAAGUCCAAAACAACUUUUUAGCAGUUAUAUACAAUAAUAAUAAUAAUAAAAAGAAUAAUUGUACCAGUUGAAUAGUGUAUAAUAUAAAAAAGUGACAGUUUUUUAGGGAGAGAGAAGGUGAGGGAGGGGUAAGUUGACCAUAGGAGACCACUUUUUUGUUUGUCAUGUUAUAUCAUCAAGACAGUUGUGUUUACACUCACUCUGUUGGUUUACAGGGAUGGACAACAUCUUAAAAUAUCUGCAGAUACACGAGUUAGGGACAAAACUAGGAUUACUUUGAUUCAGUGAUCCGAAAUAUGAAAAAUGGAUCAUCUUACUCUGCCCUACAUGCAGCAGGAUAUCUUUAAGGAUCAAGCUGCAUGAAACGGCUUUUUUUGACACUUUGGACCGACUUUGACUUCACGCUCGGUGGAAAUGAGGAAGAAACACGCCGCAGAUUUAACAGCUGGUCGUCCUGUUUCAACAAAGGAAAAGCAGAGUUUGUAGAAACAGAGGAGAGCUCGGAGAGUGUGGGGUUAGUUUCCUCAACUCGCUUUCUGUCAGUGGGUUUUUUCACCGCCGCUCGAACGCGCUCAUAUCUCAUUUUCGGCUCUCCGGUGGUUGUCAGGCAGACGGGCAGAGAGGGGCGGGGUUAAGAAGCGAGGGGGGCGGGGCCGGAGAGUGUGCUUGACGUCACUCCGGUUUCCUGGAACAGAGGCCGAGCGUGGAAGAGGGAAUGCAAAACGACGCACGCACUGACGUCAGCACUGCGCGAGUCAUUCUGUUAUCACAGCGCGCGUGUGUGUGUGUGUGUGUGUGUGUGCGUGUGUGUGUGUGUGUGUGUGUGUGUGUGUGUGUGUGUGUGUGUGUGUGUGUGUCAGUAAGUUCUCUGGAACAAAGUGAAAAAGAGAAACUGAAGCAGCGGUGUCACAAAGACAUCAACAGUUGAGUCAUCUCACUGAUGAGUCAACAACUUUAAACACAGUCUCCCUCUCUCUCUCUCUCUCUCUCUCUCUCUCUCUCUCUCUCUCUCUCAAACCUAAAGCUGCCUCUGCUGCUUUUUUAAAAAAUUUUCCUAUAAUCAGUGUCUUCUCUUACUGACAAACACUGUGAACCUGCAGUUAUAAGGAGCUCGCUGUGGUUCACGCUGUAAACGUUGAGUCCAAAUUCUUAUACAGUAACAAAAAAACAUGCUGUCACUGAACGAGGUGUGUUUGUGUUCAACUGUUCGAGGCGAUACCCAAAAAGGCAGAAGUAAAAAUGUUCUGUCUUGUAACUAGCUAAAGUAAAACAUGAUCACCUUUUUUGUCAGCUGUCAGUAUAUACAGAAAUAAAGAAAAAUAGGUCUUUGAAAAUGGGCUAGGUUGGUUAGAUGUAGUCAAGGGAGACUAACCUUUUCGCGCUGUAUGUUGCAAAUAAGAAAUUCGGACUCCGUUUCCCAGAAUUAUGUUUUACUGAAAAAGUGGUGGAGUGCGUACAACGUUACUGCGCAAUGUUGGUUUCAGGAAAUGGUGAGAAAACGCGGAAUUACAGAGAACUUUUCAGCUUCAAAUACGUAUGAUGGCGAAGGACAGAACCAAGUUGUCCAAAGUAUAUACAGUCUAUGGUCUAUAGCUAUAGAGGAUACGAGUAAGAAUGUUCUGUCGAGUAACUAGCUGAGGUAGAACAUUAUCUCCAUUUUUGUUAGCUGUUUAUUUUUUAUCCAUGCGUUUUGUAUCUAUGUUGACUGAAAUUUAAAAUAUGGCAAAAUAUAGGUCUUUAAAAAACAAAUUUAAAGUUUGAAGGUAAAAUUCAGGAAAAGGUCGGCAUUCUAACGUAACUCUCGAAGCUCUGACCUGAAUCUUAAAUUCUGAGAUAAAAGUCAAAAGCCUGAGAUUUCUUACUUUUCUUCUUACAGAACUUUAACUUGAGAUUCUGACUUAUGAGAAAGAAGUCUGAAUGAAAAUCCACAAUUCUUUCUUAUUGCCCUGCUUUUUGAGAUAAAAAUGAGAAUUCUGAAGGAAAAUGUCAUUUUACUUGAAAUUUAGUAGAAUUUAUUCUUUAUUCUUAGGAAUUUUAUUUUUUUUAUACUAACUUAAAAUCCUGGAAAUCUCAGAAAUGUUUCAAAUUCAAACUGUUUCUCAGAAUUAUGACUUUGAUUUGACAAAAUCUGAGAAACAGAGUUUUUAAGAUUAUUCUCAUUGUCAGAGUUAAAUCCAAAAAUUCAGACUUUUUUUCCGACCUGAACUCCUGAGAUUCUGAGAAGAGAAAUGAUUCAGUUAUUUUACAGGAUGGAGUGAGAAUUCUAGAACUCUGCAGAAAAACCUCAGAAUUCUAGAACUGCAACUUUUUGUCUCGGAAUCCUGAGAUCAAUAAGAAUAAGAAAAACUUCAAGGUGAGAAAUAUGAGUUUAAACUCAGAAUUAAACCUCUGAUUUAAAGAUAUUCCCAAAUUUGUCAGGUCUUUGUUUUUUUGAGGAUCCUGACUUUUAUUUCUCCACAGUCUGAGAGAAAAGUCUGAGUUCUGAGAGAAUAUAUAGACCUUGAAGAAGAAUUUAAGUCGCCUCAGUUCAUAAACUGUAGUUUGGAGAGUCAAAGAAAUGUCAGAAAUAUGAUUAAUAAAUUAAAAUAAAAUUGUGGCGUGCUGAUGGCCUCGCCGGCUCAGCGCUCACUCUCCUCUCUAACUGUCCGACCUAAUGAAGACAAAGUUACAGGACUUGGUCUUUAACAACGUUUUUCCAUCGUCUCUCUUCAGCUGCCACAGGAGACAUCCCGGCCUACCAGCUUCGCUCGCCAAACUCAGGCCUGGCGCAGAGCAUCGUGAUGGCCGCCUCACCGAGCUCCAUGCAGAGCCCCUCAUCGCAUCACGCCGAGGAGAUCACCCGCAAGAGGGAGGUCCGGCUCAUGAAGAACAGGUAGGGGAUGAACUGAGUGUUAAUGAUUCAUCUGAGGAUGUGAAGGAGUGAUUGUUCGGGGAUAACUGUGUCAGAUUGUGCAAAGUCAUCAGGGACUCAACUGUAUUUCCCUUCUUCUUCUUCUUCUCUUCCUCUCCAGGGAGGCAGCCCGCGAGUGCCGCAGGAAAAAGAAAGAGUAUGUCAAAUGUCUGGAAAACCGCGUGGCUGUGUUGGAAAACCAAAACAAGACCCUGAUUGAAGAGCUGAAAGCGCUCAAAGACAUUUACUGCCACAAGGCCGAGUAGCAGCGGCUGCUUGUGGUCGCGGGCUGAAGACGAGGCCCGUUUACAAACCGCCAAAAUACAAAAAACAAAAAAAAUCAAACAAAAAAAUAAAUAAAACAGAAAAAAAAAGAAAAGACUCUGAAACAAAAACUGCUGCGACUGUCUUUGUUUCUCUGCACGCUCAGGCCAGGUUCACGCUGAAGACAGAAGUGUCCCGGGGAAUGCGAACAGCUCGAGCUCGCCAGUUUUGCUCUUGUUCUCGUCUUGUGCUCUUUGCAUGUAAAGACCGAAGCGUCGCACACUCUUUGCUUGCUGAUGCGUUAGUGCACAGCCAAUGAGAGCCAGCUGAAUAAGAAGAAGAGGAACAGGAAGAGGAAACACAGGUGCUUCCUGACAUGUCCCGCUCCAGUUCAGAGAUGACGAGGGUUCAGCCGGGUCUCGCUUACCAGCAAGUUUCUCUGAGGUCGGGUGAGGUGCACAUAAAUCUCUGCAGAUCCACCACCAGCUGUAUCAAGGCAACUCAAAGUGUUUACCUGAUCGUGUCCUUUGUGUUGAAUGCUUUUAUUCUUGGUUGUUUCAUGCAUUCCUCCGUGCAAAAAAAACAUUAACGUUGAAUAUUUUCACCAUGAAGUGAUGUCCGGAUCUUCGGUCUGUGCAAAGGUUCUUGAUUUUGGAGAGUCGGCCACGAGGUUUUUGUAAAUAAGACUUAAAGCCAGAGUAGAAAAGUCCAGGAGAGUCUUUAUUUUUAUCAGAACAGAGAUCUGAAUGUAUCUGCGAAGAGUCAAAGCACAGAUGAAGAACCAAAGCCCCACUUUGGAUUCGAUCAAACGUCAUCUUCAGUCGUAUUUCCUGAAGCGUUUCUCUCCAUGACUUCUUUUCCUCUGGUGUGAAAGUAACAUGUUAGCUAGAUGUCCACUCUGUCCGUGAAUUGUUUACUCUCCUCUUUAAAAAAAAAAAACAACCCUUCUUUUGAUGACUCACAAACCCAAAGUCGUGCUUUACUGUCAUGCCAGUUUUGUUCAUCAAAUGAGUGAUAUCCACUGUGGUAUAAAACUGUAUUUGAUUAUGGCUGCGUAUUUUAAAUGCUCUGUUUAAAGGGUGAUGCCAACAUUUUUCUCUUUUUUGUAUGUGUUGAAGAUGUUUUAUUUGAAUAAUAAUAUAUCAUCUUGUGUUGACGUUUAGUGAUUUUGGAAACUUGCUUGCUCUUUUUUCCCCCGUUUUUGUCGUUCCUCUGAUCAUGUUUUCUGAUGGACCCUCUUUUCUGGCUGCCAAAGCUUGUUUAGAAGUAGUCAAGUAUUUAAUUCUGUUUAUAUCACUUCAAACAUCAUGAUUCAUCCAGCGGCAGUCCAAACACAUCAUCCUUAUCACCAUCGUUGUGGUUUGUGUUCUGUUUAACUGGAUUAAAAUCCGUGAUAUCAGCUUAGUUCUCCUUCCCUGCACGUAGUUUCUGCUCUCUUAAAUCCGCUCCAUCUUUUACCAGGUGUUUUAUUUUCAGUGUACUUCCUUGUUUGAAUUGUAAAUCCAAAAAUAUUUUUGUUUAUCUAAUAAAAUAUUCAAAUAAGAAA